AUMGACUAGAWGUUCUUCUUCUAACCAGAGGAUUUUCCUCCAUUCCUCGUAGUGCAAACGAUGGUAAAUUCCGAAGCAAACUCCCACGAAUAACUACCUUCACACCGGCAACCAUUUUGUUUACGAAGCUACAGUACUUGACGGUCAGCAGCAGCUCAUUUUCAACAUGGCGUCGAGAUAUGCUGCGAGAGUGCUGUGGAAUUUUACAGCUCUUAGAAGUGCGAAAACACGACAUUUACUCAAACGAAUAUCUCCUCUGAGCAAUUUUAGGGAUUUUCCUUAUUCAAGUGACUUUUUUCGUAGCUCAGCGCGUUUUGUUUGUGACAAUUCAGCUGCGAAAAGUGCUCAACUCGGAAAACUAGACGUUGAGAAGUUCCACUUGAUAUACACGUGCAGGGUUUGCAAUACAAGGUCGAGGAAAACAAUCUCAAAGCAGGCAUACCAUCAUGGUGUUGUUAUCGUUAAGUGUCCAGGAUGUAGUAACAAUCACCUCAUUGCUGAUAAUCUUGGAUGGUUUUAUAAUGACAAGAGAAAUAUCGAAGACAUUCUUGAGGAAAAGGGCGAAAAAGUCACCAAGAAUGUAACAGAAGAGUUAACUUUAGAAGUUUUGGCAGACAAAAUUAAGGAAUGAUGGAUCCUUUGUAAAGAUUAUGGGUAAAUUUUGGAGCUACAUUUUGUGUACACUAAAUCAAUUAUACUAAAUAUUUCAAAAAACUGUCAUCAAGGUGACAAUGGUGUCUGUUUAUUGCAAUAUUGGUUGUGCCAUGGCAUACCAAAAGUUCCGAGACAAGAAUGUUGCAGAUGCGCAGGAAAAUUAUGGUUUAAUUUUGAGCAAAAUGCAAGUGAACUUUGGAACAAUAACAAAUAAUCAAUGUGCU